UAUGAGCAUGGGUUGGAUAAUUGACGUGCCACGUAUUGAGCAUGCAGCCCACGUUCGUUAUGAGCAUGCAGCGUACGGGCCGGAUAAUUGACGUGCCACGUAGACAUUCGUUAUGAGCAUGCAGCCCAUGAACUUGCCCCACAUCUCUUGCCCCUCAUCUCUUCAGCACAGCUUUGUUGAUUUGCUCCAGUUUUCUCUUUGAACGAUCAUCAAUUGUCUCUGUGCUCAGUUCAUCACCAAACCUAGCUUUGCUUCUACCAGUGACAGAUUAUCGAUUGUUUCUGUGCUAAGUUCAUCACCAAACCUUGCUUUGCUACUACCAGUGACAGAUCAUCAAUUGUCUCUGUGCUCAGUUCAUCACCAAACCUAGCUUUGCUUCUACCAGUGACAGAUCAUUAAUUGUCUCUGUGCUAAGUUCAUCACCAAACCUUGCUUUGCUACUACCAGUGACAGAUCGUCAAUUGUCUCUGUUCUCAGUUCAUCACCAAACCUUGCUUUGCUACUACCAUUGACAGAACCACCAAGAAGCAUUUCUAUUUUUACAUCUACAACAGUUGUUAAUAUGCACACAUCAUUAACAUGCUUUUACAUCAUAUUGUACAUCUCUUACUUCUGGCAUGUAUUUGCACACAUUUUGACUCUAUAGUACCAUAUGGCCCUGUGCAAAUGACAGUGCAUUUUGUACAUUCAAAGUACACCAAAUUCUGUCAUUCCUGUGUCACACUGAAUUGGAAUGCACACGACCUUUCAACGUUUACCGACUUUCCUACAUCUUUUGUUUCUUCACUUGCCUGCAGUCAGUUGCCCUUCUUGAUCCGAUUACUUUUUCCACACACAAUGGCUGAGUUGGAUUCCAGUCCAUCAAGGAAAAAACAAAGACUUCUUCAUUCCUCCUUUGAAGUCAACCAGAUGGCGAUGGCUCUUGAUCACACCUACAACAUUUCAUGCGCUAUUCCCUCUGUGUCUAGCAAACAUAUCUCUCCCACUGUGAUCGCUUUAGAUCACACUUAUAGUCAUUCAUGUGCUAUUUCAUUUGAGUCAGUACAGGACCAAAGCAACAUUCCCAGUGUGAUUGCUGUAGAUCACACUUACAGUAGUUUAAGUACCAUUUCACCAACUACGCAAGUAUCAAGACUACCUACACAUUCGUCUAUUGGCUUUGCUUUGUCUGAUAUUGAUUCUUUUCAAGAGCAGACUAUUUCUUGCAAUCCAAAUCAACCAUCUGUAUUGGCAUGGCCACAUAAUUCUGGCCAAAUGUCUCACGAAUGCCCACAUUGUCAUGCACUUCUGUAUUCCAAGGAGCGUUCAUCCACCAACAAGUUCAAUCUCUGUUGCAGAAACGGUAAAGUGAAAUUGACUCCAACACCAACACCUCCUGAACCACUCCAAACGUUCUUAACUUCUUCAGAACCAUCACUCCUUGCUUUUCGCAAACAAAUACGCACAUACAAUAAUGCCUUAACCAUGACAUCGUUAGGUUGCAAAGAACAAACCAUUCCAGGACAGUGGAUGCCUACCUUCAAAAUACAAGGCCAAGUCCACCACUUGAUUGGAUCUCUUUUGCCUGCACACAACACAGCCCCAAAAUUUUCUCAGCUAUUCAUAUAUGACACUGAACACGAACUGGACAAUCGCCAUCAAGGACAUGCUCAGUCUGUCUGCAAAGAGCAAUUACAACAACUGCAAGAAAUGCUCCAUUUAUGCAACUCCUAUGUCAGGUCAUUUAAAAUGGCUGCUGAACUAGGACCUUUGGCGGACAACUCACUAAUACUUCAUGCUGACCAUCAACCCAAAUCUACUCACCCUGGUCAAUAUCACCAACCUACAUCUGAGCAGAUUGCUAUUCUCCUACCCGGAUCCAAUGAAGAACCUGCUGGAAAGAGAGACAUAGUCUUGACACAUCGUGAUGGACAAUUGCAACGCAUCCAUGAGACUCACAGAAGCUAUGACCCUUUACAUUAUGUACUUCUCUUUCCGCAUGGUGAAGAUGGAUGGCACAUCGGUUUAAAAGAAUGGGAUGCCACAAAAAACAAACACAGCGCCAAGACAUUGUCAAUGUUAGCAUUCUACAAGUUCCAUAUCAUGGUACGAAACCACCACUCAAACUCUCUCCACAGAUCUGGCAAACUGUUCCUACAGUUUUUAGUGGACAUGUAUGCAAAGGUCGAACAAAAUCGUCUCAGAUGGAUUCGAAAUAACCAACAACAACUCAGAGCAGACACAUAUAAAGGUUUAUGUGAUGCCAUUGCUGCUGAUGAUGUCCAACGUGCAGGCAAGUCAAUCAUUCUUCCAUCCUCUUUCCCCGGCAGUCCAAGAUACAUGCAUCAAAAAUACCUAGAUUCCAUCGCCAUUGUCAGAAAAUAUGGGAAACCUGAUAUCUUCUUGACUUUCACUUGCAACCCAUCUUGGCCUGAAAUCACUACUGAACUACUACCCUCUCAACGUACUCAUGACAGGCCUGAUCUAACCACUCGCGUUUUCAACUUGAAAUGGAAGGCGUUACUACAUGACAUACUGAAAGACCAUAUCCUUGGAAAAGUUCUUGCCUACUGCUACACCAUAGAAUUCCAGAAACGCGGUCUGCCACAUGCACACCUUCUUCUCAUCCUCCAUCCUGACUACAAACCCAUGACACCUGACCACUUUGAUCAGAUCACAUGUGCAGAACUACCAGAUCCUACCACCAAUCCAAGUCUGUAUAAAAUUGUCACAUCCUCUAUGAUCCAUGGCCCAUGCGGUCAUUUCAACACCAAAAGUCCCUGCAUGAAAGACAACUCUUGCUCUAAAUGCUAUCCCAAACAUCUAUCGCCAAACACCCUAAUGGGAAAUGACUCAUAUCCAAUAUAUCGCCGUCGAAACAUGCAAGAAGGAGGACGUACUGCCAUGCUCAACCUCAACAGGCGUCAAGAAGUACAAAUUGAUAAUUCUUGGGUCGUUCCCUACAAUCCCUACUUACUUCUCAAAUACCAAGGACAUAUGAAUGUAGAAAUCUGUAGCUCCAUCAAAGCUGUGAAAUAUCUCUACAAGUACAUCUACAAGGGUGCCGAUAGAGUUGUUGUCAGUGUAAACAACACUGCCUCUUCACCAACUACAAGCACUGGCAUUGAUGAAGUUUCACGUUAUAUUGAUGCUCGAUACAUCAGUGCAUCUGAUGCAUACUGGAGGCUUACAGAAAUGCCAUUAAAUGGCAGGUAUCCAAAUGUUGUGAGACUAGCUGUACAUCUGCCAAAUCACCAGCAUGUGUGCUUUAGUCCUAACAAACCCCAACAGUCACUUUUAAAUGACCCACCCAAAACAACCCUGACCCAAUGGUUUGCACUAAAUGCUUCUGACACUCAAGCUCGCACCCUCUACUACCAAGAUAUUCCCAUGUUCUAUACUUGGAACCAAUCUGCUAAAAAAUGGAUCCAACGAAAACAGAACACCAGUAUACAACCUUCUCCCCAUGGCACUUCUUCUGAUACCGUGGGCCGUAUGUAUGCUGUUCAUCCUUCUCAAGGAGAACUCUUCUACCUUCGCCUUCUUUUACACCAUGUACAAGGCCCAACAUCUUUCCCAGGUAUCAGAACCAUUCAUGGCAACGUCUGUGAAACUUACAAGGAAGCAUGUGAACACCUUGGUCUUCUAGAUGAUGACAAUGAAUGGGAUAAAUCCCUUACAGAUGCCUCCGAAGUAUCUUCGUCGUCUUCAAUGCGAGACCUUUUUGUCACCAUUUUGGUUUUUUGCCAACCAUCUAAUCCCCAAAGUCUUUGGAAUAAACACAAAGACAACUUGGCAGAAGAUUUCAAGUACACACUGAGAAAGGGUGGCCACCACGUCACUUCAGAAGAGACUCUCGACAUCAUCUACAAUGAAGCACUGUUAGAUAUUGAUAACAGACUGAAUGUCUUCAACAAAACUGUCACUGACUAUGGUUUACCUCAACCAAACAAAGCGUCUGCAGUAAAGGCACUAUCUCAUGCUGUUCGAGAGGAACUACAUUAUGAUACUCUCCAACAAGACAGUAUUGUGCAAACACGCACCACACAGAUGACACCAGACCAAAAAGCAGCCUACACAACAAUCUCAUCAACAAUUGACAACAAAAGCAAUGGUAUAUACUUCAUUGAUGCUCCUGGUGGAACAGGAAAAACCUUCCUACUUAAUUCACUUCUUGCUUAUGUACGAUCCAAAGGCCAUAUAGCUCUGGCUGUAGCUUCCUCGGGAAUUGCAGCUACCCUAUUAGUAGGUGGCAGAACUGCACAUUCACGCUUCAAGAUUCCCUUGGAAAUACUACCAAACAGCACUUGCAAUAUUUCCCCCCGUGACUCCACAGCUGAUUUGAUCCGUCUUGCUGAAAUCAUCAUAUGGGAUGAAGCACCCAUGACACAUCGCCAUUCUUUUGAAGCCCUAAAUCGCACAAUGCAAGACAUCCUCCAAAGUGAUCUCCCCUUUGGCGGUAAAGUCAUAGUCUUAGCUGGAGACUUUCGCCAAAUUCUUCCAGUUGUACGACAUGGAACUAGAGGCAUCAUUGUCAACGCCACCCUAAAACGAUCUCCAUUAUGGCAACAUGUCCAAGUCCUAUCCUUGACCACAAAUAUGCGAGUGCACUUAACACAAUGCGCAGACAGCAAUGACUUCUCCAAAUUCCUUCUACAGAUAGGCAAUGGUUCAUUUCCAACCGUUCACGACAACACAAUUGCUAUUCCCUCUCACAUUGCUUCAUCUACUCAAAAAGUGCAAGAUCUCAUAGACCAUGUCUUCCCUGACAUCAGUGAUAAUUACACAAACAACAACUGGAUAAGUUCACGAACAAUCCUUGCCACAACCAACAAAGACGUUGAUGAUCUGAAUGAAAUCAUCUCCAAAUCUAUUCCUGAAGAUUCACACACAUUCAACAGUGCUGACACUGUUCCUCUUGAUCAAAAUCCAACUUUGUAUCCUACAGAGUUUCUUAACACCUUAACACCUACUGGACUACCUCCACAUAAACUACAACUGCAAAAGCAUACACCCAUUAUGCUGCUACGCAACCUCAACCCAUCACAAGGACACUGCAAUGGAUCUCGAUAUGUUAUCACACAUCUCACUCCCAACAUAAUUCAUGCUGUUGCCACAUGUGGAACCCAUGCAGGAAAAACAAUACUCAUUCCUAGGAUACCCAUGAUGCCAGCAGACAAUCUGUUCCCCUUCAAGUUCUACAGGAGACAAUUUCCCAUUAGGCCAUCCUUUGCAAUAACCAUCAACAAAAGCCAAGGACAAACUCUCUCGCAAGCUGGAGUCCUACUUCAUAAGCCUGUGUUCACACAUGGACAACUAUAUGUGGCCCUCUCCAGAGUUGGCUCUUCCAACGCAAUCCAAGUCAUGACUAAAGAACAUGAACAUGGUUCUGUUUUAACAACAAAUAUCGUUUAUCCUGAAAUCUUUGUGUGAACACUAAACUCACACAAUUCUCAAUAACUUCAGCCUUUCUCCUACCGUUAACCAACAUUCACUGUCAUUUGUACAUAUUGUAAAUAUUAUGUUGUAUCUGUUUUUACUUUUCAUCAGCUUCCUAUAUCCAAAUGUCUUACCCAAUUCUUCCUCACAUCU